CGGUGGGUAGCACCCUCAGCCGACAUGCGCCGUCCGCUGGUCACGUCCACAGGUGACGCCAGCGUCGCGACCAUGGACCCUGACGGCGUGGGCGCGACGCGCCACGCUAGUCCGCGCCGUCAGGGCUCGGAGGAGGAGGCGGCCAUGCUGGCGGAGGAGCGCGACCUCGCCAAGGAUGCGCAGUGGAAGCGCAUCCAGCAGAAUACGUUCACACGCUGGGCCAACGAGCACCUGAAGGUGGCCAGCCGUCACAUUGGCUCGCUGGAGACGGACCUGCAGGAUGGUCUCAACCUGAUCGCGCUCAUCGAGGUUCUCAGCGGCAAGCGAAUGCCGAAGCACAGCCGGCGGCCGGCCUUCCGCUCGCAGAAGCUGGAGAACGUGUCGGUGGCGCUGCGGUUCCUGGAGCGGGACGAGCACAUCAAGAUCGUCAACAUCGAGCGAGCCUCGACGACAGAGCUGGGAGGAGGCGCGGUGGCCGGCAGGCCGCACCACCCGGCGACGUUUCUGAGUGGCACAUUCUGA